UCUACAAGCAGGCCUCUCUCUCUCUCUCUCUCUCUCUCUCUUUUUGGGUGGUUGCGAAUACAGAAGAUCCCGGUUGUGCUGAAGUCUCCGGCGAGAUCUUCGACCACUCGAGGGGACCUCGGUACAUGCUUCCUACAUGGAGGAGGUUGGCGCAGAUUGGGCCGAACUGAGGAAAGAGGCCCGGCGGAUCGAAGGAGACCUCGACGUUCGCCUCUCCUCCUAUGCCAAACUCGGAGGAUACUCGGAUUCGAAGUCGCCGACCGAUGGGCACGCGCGGGAUAUGCAGUGGAAGUCGAUGGAGAUGGAGAUCGAGUCUCUCCUGGAGAAACUGCUUGAUGUAAAUGAAGCGAUGAGCAGGUGCGCGGCUGCCGCGACCCCGACGACGUCCGUCAGCCAGAAGCUCGCUAGGCAUAGAGACAUUCUUCAUGAAUUCACUCAGGAGUUUAAGCGGACAAGAGGGAACAUAAUAUCAAUGCGGGAGCAUGCUGAACUUCUGCAUUCUGUGAGAAAUGACAUAAAUGAAUACAAGGUAUCUAGUUCACAAGCAGCACCAAGCUUGUUGAGGGAGCGAGCAGCAAUACAUGGAAGUAUUGUACAGAUUGAUGAUGUGACCAACCAAGCAGAGACGAUAAAAGGAGUUUUAGCAGCACAAAGAAGCACAUUUGCCGAAAUCCAGGGGAAGGUGAAGCAUCUAGGGGACAGAUUUCCUGUGAUCCGUGGGUUACUAGGAGCCAUCAAAAGAAAGCGUUCAAGGGACACGCUUAUUCUGUCUGCUGUUAUUGCGGCAUGUACAUUGUUCCUCAUUAUUUACUGGAUAUCAAAGUGACAAUCUGAACGGAGGAUCUGAAACAAUGCUAAAGGCAGCUAGUCUGGAUUUUAUUCAUCUUGUACAAGCUCCAUUUCUUCUUUUCUCUCCCUUUUCUUUUUAGAGUGAGAAGUUCUGGGGACCCUUCUACGAUGAAAAUAUUAUUAUAUGCAAAUUUGUCGACGGUCUGCAUGCAUAGCAUGCACUUGGUAUGGAAGGCCAAGAUUUUGCAUUCUUUUUGGAAAGGGUGCUUCUGAACUGGCUGGUUGUUGGUGUUCCUCCUCUCAUGUUACAGUGCCAUAUGUCAGAACAUGCAAUCCUCAAUUUUGUAGUUAUUGCUGUUUUCUAUUGAGAAAUUUUGCUUAUUCCUGGUUAA